ACAUUUGAUUGGAUUUCGUGUUGUUGAUUUCGCAGUAACAUUGAACUAGUUCGUUCCGGAACGACACAACUCACAAAAUCAAAUCACGUUAUGAUAAGCUAGUCCCGCAGCUCAUUUAAAGAAUGUGUUCAGUCUGAUUGCGUAUUCCACAUGUCUCAUUCGUAAACAACAUACUACCGCGGGAUUUUGCUUUCUGUUUGUUUUUUUUAUCGGGUAUUCCUCUUGGCUUUCAUAUUCGUUUCGUCUUUCUAGGUUUCUUCGCAUUCGAACUGUCUGCAACAAACAACUUGCUGGCUCGAUUACAUAAAGAAAGCUCAAUUUAAUAAUAUAAAAAAUAUAACAGAACAUAAUGUUAAGAAUACUUUGUAAUCCAACUACACGACUCUAUUCAAUUAAACAUGCAACAAAAGAUACAGUCAAGUACACAAACACAAUCAAUUUGCCGAAAACCCGCUUUCCGUCACGUUUAUCGCCAAACAAAAGGACCGAGCUAGAACGUACUCUAGUUGAGACUACAUUCGCUAACGCAUAUAAUUACCAAUACGAACAUAACCGGGAACCGCAAUAUAUACUACAUGACGGUCCGCCAUAUGCCAAUGGUGAUUUACAUAUGGGACAUGCCGUCAACAAGAUCUUGAAGGAUAUAACGAUAAGACACCAAAUGAUGAAGGGACGCAAGGUACAUUAUAAGCCUGGUUGGGAUUGCCAUGGAUUGCCGAUUGAACUAAAGGCAUUAGCAUCGACCGGCAAAAAGACGGGAACAGAUGAUCCUAUUGUAGUGAGGAAGAAGUCACGCGAAUUUGCCACUGAUGCGAUCAGACGUCAAAAAGAAGAGUUUCGUUCUUGGGGCGUAUUGUCAAAUUGGCAAGAGAGUGAUGGCUCGUAUUAUACGUUUAAUCCAGAUUUCAUAUGCAACCAGCUGCAAUUAUUCCUUAAACUAUAUGAAAAUGGAUUAGUAUAUCGUGAUUUGAAGCCUGUGUAUUGGUCACCGUCUUCUAAAACAGCACUAGCUGAGGCAGAGUUAGAAUACGACAAUAACUUUACCAGUCCGUCGGUAUAUGUGCGCUUCUCAUUGGAUAAAUUACCGCCAACUGUACAGUUGGACACAUCUCAAAAGUUGUUUGCGCUGAUUUGGACGACAACACCAUGGACUUUGCCUAGCAAUCAGGCAAUUUGUUUUAAUUCCAAUUUGAAAUACUCUUUGGUGGAAACGAAAUCGAAAAAGGAUCUCUACAUAAUAGCGUCAAAUUUGGUGGAGGAUUUUGUGAGAACCUCGAAAAUUGAAUGCGAAAUAAAAGGAAGUUUUGACGGCAUUGAUUUAACUGAUUGUUCCUAUAGACAUCCACUCUAUCCCGAAAAAGCAUUCCCAUUUUUCCAUGCGAACCAUGUCCAGGAUUCUAAAGGUACGGGAUUGGUGCACACAGCCCCAGCACAUGGUCCGGAUGAUUUCUUAAUAUGCUUGGAUAAAAAAGUUGCUGUCAAAUCCUUGGUUGACGAGGAGGGGCGCUAUAAUAAGAAUGCUCCAAGCUUUUUAGAAGGCAAAAGUGUGCUGAAAGAAGGAAACGACCUUGUUAUGAAUCAUUUAGAGGAAGAAAUUGUAUAUGCGAAUAAAAUAACACAUAGUUAUCCUCUGGAUUGGCGAACCAAAGAACCGGUCAUAUUAAGGGCCAGCGAACAAUGGUUUAUAAACACAUCGCUUCUUAAGGAGAAAGCAGCUCAGGAGAUAGCAAAUGUGAAAAUAUACCCACGAGUUAAUGCUGAGUCCAGUAAAACAACAUUAACAAAACAAGUUAUGAAACGCCCCUACUGGUGUAUAUCACGACAACGAGCGUGGGGCGUUCCCAUACCAGUUUUUUAUGACAAAAAUACCGGAAAUGUGAUAUGCAACAGAGAUAUAUUGGAACACAUUUGUAAGAUGGUGUCGAAUGAAACCAAUAUUGAUUUUUGGUGGUCCAAAACUGUUGAAGAACUAUUACCUAAAUCUUUGCUCAACGGUUUCAAUGUUAGCAUCAAGGAUGUCGUUAAAGGCUUAGAUAUUUUUGAUAUAUGGUUCGAUUCGGGCAGUACCUGGUCCCAGGUAUUGAAGGAUCAGCAAGUUGCAGACUUAUAUCUAGAAGGCUAUGACCAAUUUACGGGCUGGUUCCAAUCGUCAUUGCUGACUAGCGUCGCCGCUCGAGAAUGUGCUCCGUACAAAUCUAUAUUCGUACAUGGCUUUACCGUUGAUGAAAAAGGUCUUAAAAUGUCCAAGUCUUUAGGCAAUGUUAUUUCACCCAAAGAUAUAACAAAAAAGUAUGGGAUUGACGCAUUAAGGUGGUGGGUAGCGUCCCAUGGUACCCAGCACAUGGCCAUAACAGUAAGUGAUAAACUGUUACAGCAGGCUGCCGAAAGUUUAUCUAAAAUCCGCUUGACAUUGCGUUACCUGAAUGGUGUGAUAAAUUCCAGAGGAGAUCAAAAUAAAACUAUUGGAGACGUUAAAGGACUUAAGUACUUGAACCAAUACUUAUUGAGUAAAAUAGUAGAUUUCGAUAAAGAGGCAAUUAACUUAUACGAUUCACAUGAAUAUAACAGAGCCGUUGCACAUAUUCAAAAUUUUGUGUCCAAUCAAAUAUCUGCUGUGUAUGUACACUUAAUUAAAGACCGUUUAUAUUGUGGAUCCCAACAAGAUAUAGAAGCUGUUGCCUUUACUUUGGAGAAAUGUUACUUGAUCUUAAACAAGACCUUGUGGCCCAUAGCCUCAUUUUUAGUUGAAGAGAGUUGGAGUUAUUAUGAUGCAAAUUCUCAUUUUUAUGAACAAUCGAUUUCGUGUGAGGAUAAAUGGAAGAAUUCUUCUGUGGAAGAGGUUGUGGACACAGCACUCGAAAUCAAACGACUAAUAAAUCAAAAUGCUGAUCCGUCUAAGCCUUCUUGGUUUUUAACGGUAACUGUUAAAUGUGGCAAUGACAGUAUAUUUAAGCGCAUGCAAAGCCUAUAUCCCGAUGUUAUUAAUCCGGAUGACUCGGAUAACGAGCUGUGCGAAGUUCUUCAAGUACAGUCCGUGAAAUUGCUUAUGUCGGAUGAUUUACAAAAGGAUUUUGAUGUUGAAAUUCGAGAAAUAGAUGAAUCAUUUCUAUGUCCUCGUUGUCGACGUUUUGCUGUGCCGUCGGAAAAUGAUAUUUGCCAACGAUGUAGUAAAGUUUUGAAAAACCAAAAAUAAAGUCCUGUACUAUAAUUAAA